CUUAUGCAGAAUCGGCGACUAGUUCCUGCAUGUUCGGCGUUUGUCAUGUGGGUCUGCUGCGGUGCUAUGAUUAUAAUGCCUAAAACUAUAUUCUGUCACCCUCUAUACAUGGUCCCAUCUCGAAAUAUAAAGGGGAUCGUGUUCGCAGAUACAACAACCAAUAUUUGUUGUACUUUAAUCAAUAUUAGCAUUAGUAUCAUUUACAGUAUUUGCCAUGGUUGCCCUGUCACUCAUCAAGUCUUCUAACUCUCGUCUUUCUUCUGCCAUUUCUAAUCAAUUAGUUUCAGUGUUCGUUGGCGCAACAAGUGGUAUCGGCGAAGCAACUCUGAAGAAGUUUGCAUUCUACACACACCGACCGCGAGCCUAUUUCAUCGGUCGCUCCCAAGAUGCAGCAGACCGUAUUCUAGUUGAGUGCAAAAGUCUCAAUCCCGACGGGGAGUAUAUCUUUAUCAAGGCGGAUAUCAGUCUGAUCCGCGUCGUCGACCAAGUGUGCAGAGAGAUAGAAGCAAAGGAGAAGCAAAUAAAUAUUCUAUUUCUUAGCUCCGGCAUCCCAAGCUUCGAUCGUACUGAAACCACGGAAGGGCUUCAUCUAUUGGCUGCGUUGAAUUACUAUUCCCGCCUACGCUUUGUCACCAAUUUGCUUCCGCUCUUGCAGCAAGCGAUCAAUCUUCGCCGUGUCGUCAGCGUUGGGGGAGGUACGCUAGAAGGCCCGCUUGACGCAUCCGACUUUCAAGCUCUUCGUGUCCCAGCCUCCGAACUACGAGGCCACUUGUCCACGCUGAUAACUCUCGGGUUAGAGGCGGUGGCCAAGGAAGCCACGAGUGUUAGCUUCGUGCACGACUACCCUGGCACAGUUGACACGCCGUUCCUACGCUAUAUGUCUGAAGAGAUGUUGAGAUCCUAUGUGCUUUUGCCUGUCGAUGAAAGCGGUGAGCGUCACUUGUACCUUGCAACGAGCGCCAGGUUUCCUCCGGCCAUGAUUGAUGGGCACGACGACGUGGUAUCGCUGGAAGACGAUGCUGCAGUAGCGCUAGGUACAACAGGAGAAGCCGGGGGUGGGGUAUAUAUAGUUGGGCCGGAUUGCGAAGGGCCAACGUCUUUGGUCCGGGAUUUCCUGGGCGAGAUGAGGAAAAGUGGAUUAGUAAAAGAGGUCUGGCGGCACACAGUUGGAGAGUUUGACCGCAUUGUCGGCGAUUUGCGUUAGCGAUCACGUAUAUCGUCGUCAGCUCAAGGAAACAACCCUUUUUCCUAUUAAUAAACCUCCACCGUGGCAAUUACCAGAUGUAGUAACCCGUGAACCAUCACUCAAAAUACGAUGUAACCGUCACCAUUUCCAUUCUGGAAUAACUCUUCAUUUGGCGCAAUGCUUCCCUGUGUUGCUUUCGAAGCACGGAGGUAUGAUAACGUG